AUGGAAGUCACAAAUCUGAUAAGAAACAUUAAUCAAUCAUCAAAAUCAAUAAAACAUGCAAAACUUAUUCACCAAAAAGUAAUAACUUCUGGAUUACAAACCAACAUUACAAUUUGCCAAAACUUAAUUAACCUCUUUUUUUCAUUUCCUCAAUUAAUCAAAUCUGCUACAAAUCUUGUUGUUUCUCAAAACACCACAUUACACAGCAUCACAUUAUGGAACACUUUAAUUUCAAAUUACACAAGAAAUUACAUGUUUUCUGAAUCACUUGAAGUCUUUAAAAACCUUAUGCAUUUUGGUUUCUUGAGACCUGAUAGUUAUACAUACCCAAGUGUUUUAAAAGCUUGUAGCGGAUUAAAGUUUGUAACUUUUGGUAAAAAUAUACAUACCCAUGUGGUAAAAAAUGGUUUUGAGAUGGAUAUUGUUGUUAUGACUUCUUUACUUGGAACAUAUGCGAAAUGCGGGGAUUUUAGGUUAGCAUUGAAAGUGUUUGACGAAAUGCCUGAAAGAGAUGUGGCUUGUUGGAAUACUGUUAUUUCUUGUUAUCAUCAAGAUGGGCAGUUUGAAAAAGUGUUGGACUUGUUUGGGAAGAUGAAGAAGGAUUAUGGGUUUGAACCGAGUUCUGUGACAUUUACCACAGUGAUAUCGGCUUGUGCUAAGCUUAUGAAUGCUGAUAAAGGAAAGGAAGUUCAUGAGGAGGCAGUGAGAAAUGGCUUCGCGACGGAUGGGUUUGUUCAAGCUGCUUUGGUUGAUUUGUAUGGGAAAUGUGGUUGUUUGGAAAUGGCUGUACAAGUUUUCGAGGAAAUCGAGUUCAAGAGUCUAGUUUCUUGGAACUCUAUGAUUUCAGGAUAUAGUUUAAAAGGGGAUAGUAAAUCUUGUAUUAAACUUUUGUCAAGAAUGAAUUUAACACAAACAAAACCGAAUUGUACUAGUUUAAGUAGUUCAUUAAUGGCGUGUUCUAAAUCAGCCAACUUAAAAUAUGGCAAGUUCAUCCAUGGGUACAUAAUAAGAAACAACAUAAAAGCCGAUACCUUUAUUUACACCUCCCUGGUAGACAUGUACCUCAAAUGUGGGAAUGCUUUAUCGGCUGAAUUCAUCUUCAAGAAUAGUAUGCGUGACAGUACGAAUGUUGUAGAAUGGAACUUAAUGAUUUCUGGGUAUGUAACAGUAGGCUCAUAUCUUGAUGCUUUUGAUGUAUAUAAUGACAUGAAUUCAGCCAAAGUAGAACCUGAUGCCAUUACGUUUACUAGCAUCUUGGCAGCGUGUUCACAACUUGGAACACUAGAAAGGGGUAAGGAGAUUCAUAAAGAUAUUGUUGCAGGCAACUUUCAAUCAGAUGAGAUACUUAUGGGGGCUCUUUUGGACAUGUACACUAAAUGCGGUGCGUUGGAUGAAGCUGAACUUGUUUUUAGUAGAUUACCCAAAAGAGAUCUAAUUUCUUGGACUAGUAUGAUAGCAGCUUAUGGAGCACACGGGCAAGCUUCUGAAGCAUUAAAACUCUUCCGAGAAAUGAAGAAGAUGAACAUAAAACCAGAUAGAGUUGUGUUUCUAGCAGUGAUUUCUACAUGCAGUCAUGCAGGAUUAGUUAACGAAGGGUGUUAUUAUUUCAAUCAAAUGGUUAAUGAUUAUGGGAUCGAACCAAAAGUUGCAGAUUACUCGUGCCUGGUGGACCUACUUGGUCGUGCUGGAAGAUUAAACGACGCUUAUGCUAUCCUGCAGAAAAAUGCAAGCAUCAGAGAGGAUCUUGAGCUUUUGAGCACAUUGUUUUCUGCAUGCCAUUUACAUGAAAAAUAUGAAUUGGGUGAGGAAAUCGGGAGUUUGCUCAUCAAUAAGGAUCCCGAUGAUCCGUCAACGUACAUUGUGUUGGCUAAAAUGUAUGCUUCGAUGAAGAAACGGGAUGAAGAGAGAAAGGUGAGGUUGAAGAUGAAAGAGCUUGGGUUGAAAAAGAAUCCUGGGUGUGCUUGGAUUGAAAUUGAUAAAAAGAUUGAACCUUUCUUUGUCGAAGACCAAUCGAUACCACUAGCGGGUAUGGUGUAUGACUGUUUAUCAAUUCUUUAUUGUCAUACGAACAAGGAUCAACUAUUGUUUCAGAACAAUUUGUCAAACAUGUAAGACUCUGAGAUUUAUUGUUAGUCGCCAGGAAAGAUUAAUGUGGCAUACCGGCAUUGUCAUUUCGCAGUUGAAUUAUAAUUUGACCCGGUUGGGUUAUAUACUUAUAUAUUAUAUUAUGAGAUCAUAGAAGUUGGAUUUUUA